ACUACGCUUUAGGAAGUGGUUACACUUGGCCAAUUCCUGGAGUGACAGUAGAGUCGAGUCAAGUUUUUGGCGCCGUUGCCGGGGACGGCUAGGUUGUUGAAGAAAAGUGAUUUCUGUUAAUUUAGCUUUUCUUUUUGCUUUGUUUGCUUUGUCCCACUUGUGCCUUCACGGGUUUGCUUGCUUGAGUGUGUUCAGGUAGUGCAUGACCCGUAGCCAGUCGGGAGGUUUACUGCCGUUGAAUCCAGAGAUUGACCGCACCUGUCGCCAGCUCAGGAGACAACAGCGAGCUAGACUGGCUACGGAAGAGCGCAUAGACGGCCACCUGAGCAGCGAUUCUGAAGAAGAGCACGGAAUGGAUGGAGACUACAAUCAGCACCAGGGGAAUCCACAGCAGGUUCCCCCAGUGAAUCUGGUCCUGGGAAACAACCCCAUACCCCAGGAUCAUGGAGCUCAUCAUCCACCGCAGCCGGGUCCCACCCUGGAGUACUACUACACUCCGCGGAUUGCUGACAUCCGCCCGGUCAUCCUCUACCCGCCGAUCCCAGCAAACAACUUUGAGAUCAAGCCAUGCUGGAUUCAGCUCAUUACAUCUUCUAUCCAGUUCCAUGGCUUGAAGAAUGAGGAGGCCAGGGUGCAUCUUUCCCGUUUUCUGCAGCUGACAAACGGGUUCAAGCUGAAUGGUGUCCCGGAUGAUGCGAUCCGCCUUCAUCUCUUCCCCCAUUCUCUGGCGGGGAAUGCUAAGAGGUGGUUGGAGACCCAGCCCCCAUUGUCCAUCACCUCUUGGGACGAUCUGGCUGACAAGUUCGUGCACCGGUACUAUCCGGCAUCGAAGACUACAGAGAUUCAGCGGGAGAUCACUCACUUCCGCCAGGAGCCAGAUGAGUCACUCCGUGAUGCUUGGGAGCGGUACAUGGGCUACUUCUGGCAGUGCCCCCACCAUGGCUUUAGUGAUGCUUUCACUGUGGGGAACUUCUACAGCGCUCUCUCCCCAGAUAGCCAGAGGGUGAUUGAGUCUUUAUGCCCAGGAGGGGAUGUUCUGACCAAGACUCCACCCGAGCUGAAUCAGAUGAUUAAUACAUUGCCUGCCAGAGAUCAUUCUUGGGGGCAGAGCAGCAGAGGCAGACAUUCCAGGGACCGUGGUGUGCACGCCAUGGAGACCAGAUCCGGGCUCGAGCAGCAGGUAGCUGAGCUAGUGCAGACAUUGAAACAGCCCAACAGUCUUAUUCCGGGCAGAGGCAUGGCUACACCUUCAGUUGCUCAGUGUCAAUGGUGUGAGAGCUCGAGCCACUUAGUAGAAGACUGCCAAGCUAUGAGGGAGUCUACUACCCCCCAAGAGCAGUUGGACUUCAUCGCCAAUGCUCGGCGCCUCGACCCGUACAGCAACACCUAUAAUGAGGGGUGGCGCCAGCAUCCCAACUUUGCCUGGAGCAGCAACACCACUAAGCCACCUGGUUUCCCAGCACCAGCAGGUGGUUUUCAGCAGAGGCAGCCCUUCCAGGCUCGCCAGGGGCCAGACCCACACCAGCCCUACCAGCCCAGGCAGGGGCAGCCAUUCCAGCAGCCCCAGCGCCAGUUUGCCGAGCCAGUAGCAGCUCCAGCCCCAGAUGACAGGAUGACGAAGCUGGAAAACAUCCUAGCUUCAUUCAUGACGAGCACUCAGGCAACUAUCACGAGGUUGGACCAGAGUGUAGCCUCACUGGAGGCAGGUCAGAGGAACCAGGGUGCCAUUUUGCAGGAUCUGCAGACCCAGGUGGGCAUCUUGGCCCGCCAGAACACCACCAGGGCACCUGGGACUUUGCCUACCACCACUGUUCCGAAUCCUCGAGAUCCCCACCAGCAUCAGCAGCUGGAUGCCAUUUUUACCAGGAGCGGUAAGGUCAUAUCUGCUGAUCCUGUCCCGGCCAGACAGGAGGAACCACUACCUGCUUCAGCACUUCCAGCCGACGAUGCAGAAGUGCGGGUGGAGAAGGAAGCCCCUGCUCCCAAGCCACAACCAGUGGUUAAGGAGCAUGUGCCCCAGCUUCCCUUCCCCACUCGCCUACACAAAGACAAGCUGGAGACUGAGUUUGCCAAGUUCAUGGCAAUGUUGAAGCAGCUCAACAUCAGCAUACCGUUCAUGGAGGCACUGUCGAAGAUGCCCAAGUAUGCCAAGUUCAUGAAAGAUAUCUGCACCAACAAGAAGAAACUUGGGGAUCUCUCGACAGUGAUGUUGAGCGAGGAGUGUUCUGCUAUCCUGCAGAACAAGCUGCCCGAGAAGCGCAAGGAUCCAGGGAGUUUUACUAUCCCUCUUACUAUUGGCAGCAUGCAUGUAGGCAAGUCCUUGGCGGACCUAGGUGCUAGCAUAAACGUCAUGCCAUAUAAGUUGUUUAAGAAGCUAGACUUAGGUGAACUUAGCCCUACUAGGAUGAGCAUUCAGCUCGCUGACCGUUCCAUUGUGCAUCCUAGGGGUGUUAUAGAGGAUCUGCUUGUUCAUGUUGGUGCAUUCACAUAUCCUGUUGAUUUUGUUAUUCUUGAUGUAAAUGAGGAUGUGGAUGUACCUUUGAUUCUAGGUAGGCCAUUUCUUGCCACCGCCAAGGCACUUAUUGAUGUGCAUGAAGGAAAACUGAUCUUGCGUGCUGGGAAUGAACAGGCUACUUUUUCUGUGACUGAGUUUGAUCACUGUGCUAUGAUUGAUGUCACGCCUGUGCAUGCUAUGUCUGAUCAGGUACACGAGCUUGUCGUGUAUCCUGCUGCUCCUCUCAUUUUGCAGGACCCUCCUAUCAGUCCUUCGCCGCCACUCCAUCCAGCCACGCCUCCGAACAAAAAGCUCAAGGAGGAGUGGCGGCCGAAGCAGCAGGUUGCUAAGCCUGCACGGAAGAAGAGUGGAGACCACUAUGAGCUGGUCCCACCUCCUGCACCACGACCACCCUGGCCGUCUGGGUACUCGCUCUCCUGCAUCUUGCCAGAUGGGCAGGUCGAGCUGACUGAUGAGGGUGGUCGCAUCCGUCGGGUGCAUGGCCACAACCUCAAGCUGUACCUCAAGAGCGAUGUGGAUCCGCUCUUGGAGGCACCUGUUCCUGCACCGCCCUGAGUAUCCACCAUGGGCGUCCAGCUAAUACGACGGUAAAGAAGCGCUUGUGGGGAGGCAACCCCACCACGGUUUGAUUUUCUUUCUUGUGUUUUGAGUCGGAUUGUAACCCGGUUUGGGUUUGGUUUGUUUUCUUUUGGUUUGGAUGAUAUUUUAUUGGGCUGACCAUUGAACCUAACAUAUUGUGUCUGAGCUCUUCUGUUUCCCUUUGGCUGUGCGUGCCCCGACUGGCCCGUUUCCAGUCUCCUGCAGUCCGUGCAUACCGGUAACAUCGUUCCCUUAUCCUUCCCUCUUCUCCAUUGAGGGCAAUGUCGAUCUUAAGUGUGGGGGGAUGUUUAUCUUUUUUGACUGCAUUAGAUCUGUUUGUGUGCUUGGAGCCUAGUCCACUGUCCAAAUUUUUAAAUUUGAGGGCUCCAAGUACGUGUUUCCAUGCAAUUGCCUGCUCAGUAUGCUUUGAAUUGACAGUCUUUAUAGUAAUAUGCAACCUAGGGAGGUAGUGUAGCACUAUGGAGGAUGUUGAUGCAUUUAAGAAGUCUCAUUUCUUCUUCAUAUUGUGUUGGUUGAUUGAGUGAAUUAGUGAUCUUAGGACCCUUGAAUUGUGUGGUGUUGUGGAUUCUCUAGCUGUCAUGGACUCUUGUAUCAUGUUUUGAGUUUAACAGGUGCUCGAAAAUGUGCUUCAAAAUAACGUCUCCCGUGCGAAUAGGGCGAAAGUGUGUAAGGGGAGACGGGAAUCCGUUCCCAAUUUCCACCUACUACCUCCAGCCCCCUUGCAUGUCUUUCCCCCGCACGAGGCUCGAGACAUCCGCUCCUGGCAUGGUUGGUAAGAGCAGGUUGGAACCCUUAAAAAGAAAAGAAAAGAAAAACAACAGAAAACAAGCAAAACAGAAAAAAAGGGGUUCCAACCAUCUUUAGGCAGAAAAUAGAGCACCUUGAAAAAUGUGAGUCCAUGAUCUUUUGUUUUUGAGAAUCUCUUCAUCCACAAUUCAUUUGUCCUCUGUUCACUGUUUGCCAUGAUGCCGACUCACCGAAGAAGCUAUGAGAUGACUUGUGCGUCGGUUGACCUCGUAAGCUGCUAAAUGAUCUAGGAAGUCCUCUACCUACGAUCUAGGUUGUUUGUUGCUAUAGAGGUCUGGAGAGUUGCAUUGGUUUGAGUUAGGUUGGACAAGCAAACGGUUAAGUGUGGGGGAGUUUGAUAACGAUGUAAUUGUACAUGUUUGCGCCCCUAGUUCUUAUCCGUUUGAGGGGCAUAUUCGUGUGUUGUGGCCUAUUUUACGCCGGGUUGUGCUAUUUUGUCAUGUUUCAGGUCCCAGGUGUCAAAGGGAAGGCUAAGCGCGAGUUUCGGGGCAUUCGGAAGUCAUUUCGGUGAGCUGGAGCCAAAACACGGGCACACCUAAAUCAUUACACGGCCGUGUUCUGGUGGCCGUGCUUUUUAUGCCGAGAGCUGAGCUGAUUACACGGGCAGGGCCAAAACAAAGCACAGGCGUGUUCAAGCAUUACACGGCCGUGUCCAAAGCGAAGCACGGCCGUGUUUCUCCCCACUGCUGCUAGUGUAAUUAACACUAGCCAAAGCACGGGCGGGCUGAGGCAUUACACGGCCGUGCCCUCGACUGUGCUUUGGCUGAUGCCUUUUUAAGCAGAUUUUCAGCCAAACAGAAGGGGAUUCGAGUUUUUGAGAGAAAGAACGACUUCUAGAGAGAGAAAGUGAUGAGCAAGAGUUCCCAAGUGCCCUAGAUUGAUCUUCAACACCAUUGGAGGCCAGCUUGAGCUUGGAGAAGUGCCAAUCAACGUCCAGAAGCAGG